AUGACCCUGCAAUGCACCCAGCCCGCGGGGCCCUGGAAGAUUGUGGUGUGGGACCAGGAGGGCUUCCAGGGCCGGUGGCAGGAGUUGGCUGCCCAGUGCCCCAGCGUGCGGUCUCUCAAAGUGCUGAGUGGAGCGUGGGUGGGCUUUGAGUGCCCCGGCUUCCAAGGGCAGCAGCACGUGCUGGAGCGGGGCGAGUACCCCUGUCGGGGCGCCUGGAGCGGCAACACGGCCUACCCCUCAGAGAGGCUCACCUCUGUGCGCCCAAGGGUCUAACCCUGUGCCCUGUGCCCGCAGAACCACCGGGACUCGAGGCUGACCACCUUUGAGCAAGAGAACUUCCUGGGCAGGAAAGGAGAGCUGAGUGAGGACUAUCCCUCCCUCCAGGCCCUGGGAUGGGAUGGAAAAGAAGUGGGCUCCUUCCACGUCCAGUCGGGGGCCUGGGUCUGUAGCCAGUUCCCCGGCUACUGGGGUUUUCAGUACGUGCUGGAGUGUGACCACCACUCAGGCGACUACAAGCGUCUCUGAGAGUGGGGCCCUCAUGCCCAGACCCCCCAGGUGCAGAGUGUCUGCAGGAUCCAGCGGUGA